AUGCGAUUCUACGGCUUGAUCUUCGCCUUGCUGGCCGCCAUCACGUUUGCGCAGCAGAAUGUAAUUAACAAUCCUGUGACUGGUUGGGAUGUCAGUACAGGUUCUUCAGUUACCAUCACCUGGACCAUGCCUUCCUCUGGAACUGUCUCCAUCCGUUUGACUCAAGGUGGAAACAUCGAGCCAGGCUCUGGCGACUUGUUGAUCUCCAACAUUCCCGCAUCGGCCGGUAGAGCUACAGUCACCAUCCCUGAAGGCGUCAACGCCGCUGCAUACAACUUCCAGAUUGUCGACGACACAAACUCCAACAACGUCAACUUUUCCAGUCCAUUCACAAUCGCAGGCGGUUCCGUAACUGUCACCAGCUCGGCCUCUGCAACCUCGGCUUCUGCUUCAAUCUCGAGUUCAGUCUCCAGUGCCAGCAGUUCAGCUUCCUCUGCAUCGAGCGCUAGUUCGCGAUCCAGUGCCAGUUCCAUGUCCAGCGCAAGCUCGAGCGCCAGUUCCAGUUCAUCUGCUAGCUCGGCCUCGUCUGCCAGCUCGGCUUCCUCCUCUGCUUCGUCCGCGUCGUCGUCAGCCAGUCGGUCUUCAUCUUCCUCAGCGUCUUCGACCUCCGCAUCGGCUAGCGCCACUAGCGUCUCGAGCACAAACGCAGGUGCUUACGUUAAGGUUGGUGGUCCUCUCGCCGUCAUGGCCGGUAUGAUCGCUGUCUUUUAG